GUGUGAACAUCUGUCGAAAAUAUUUCAUUGCUAACGUCAAUGGGUGCCGCCAUCUUGGAAAUUAGAAAAUGGCGUCGACAUCUACAGAAGCAAGUACAUCUCAUGAUGACCCUCACAAGAAGAAGAGUCGACUGGAUAGAUUUAAAAAUCUGGAGUUGAAGAUGAAUGAAGCUCGCAAGAUGAACCACCAAGAGGUUGUUGAGGAAGACAGGCGUAAGAAACUGCCAGCAAACUUUGAACAGAAGAGAAAAUUCAUUGAUUGGGAAGAACAGGAGGAAAAAAAGAGAAAGGAGGCAGAGGCGCGUGGGGAGGACUAUGACAGGGUCAAGUUGCUGGAGAUAACAGCCGAUGAGGCAGAGAAAUGGGAACGAAAAAAGAAAAAGAAAAACCCGGAUCCUGGAUUCUCAGGCUACGAAGCGGCCACAUUGAGAGCGUAUCAGAGGAACACAAAGAACUUGAAGCCUGAUAUGCAGGAGGUGGCUCGACAAAAACACAAACUGGGUGAUGAUUUCUAUGCUGGGACGAACACUCUGGGUCUCACACAGGUCAAGGACAAUCCAGAGGCAGUCAACAGAAUGGUGGACGACCUGGAGAAACAGAUUGCCAAGAGAGCCAAAUACAGCAGAAGACGUACCCAUGAUGAAGAUGCUGACAUUGACUUCAUCAAUGAGAGGAAUGCCAAGUUCAACAAGAAGUUGGAGAGAUUCUACGGCACAUAUACAGCAGAAAUUAAACAGAACUUGGAGAGAGGGACAGCUGUUUAGUGACGACAAUAACUUCCUGUGGAAAUUGUAUUUUUGUAUUAGUCGUAUGGUGUGUUCACACAUGUGGUGCAACAUUCAUCAUGAUCUUGUACCAUUCACUUAUUGAAUUUGAUUAGGUUUCAUCAGUUUUCCAAUGACCACAUUGAUAUGGUAAUUGAAGUCUUAACAGUUGAAUUCUCCCACAAUUUCUCGAAAAGAGUGAAUGGUGACAAAUGUCAAAUGUGCGAUAAAAGACAGUGUCAACGUGGCUUUAUUUUUUUUCCAUAAAAGCCAUUGAAUGCAUACAGUGAUUUACUUCAUAAACAAAUUUUAUGUUAAAUUUGCUUCAAGCCUUAAGAAGACCUUUGUAAAUCUGACUAUGUAGAAUUGUUGAGAUAUUCUCUUAACCCUUCACCCUUAGAUACGUAUUUUGACGCAUUUAUAGUCAUAUAGAAAGUAAAAUUUAAUAAAAGACCUUUAUUACUAAAUUAAAAUUUUAAAGGCUUCAUUACCCUUAGUUUCUGAUGAGCAGCAAACAGCAGAAAACCUGAACAGACAGUAAGUUACUUGCAGGCUGUUCGGGUUUUAUGCUGUUAGCACAUUUUCACUUUGCCUCAGAGUGGGAAAGGGUUAAAAAAAAAAAGCUACCUAUUCUUAAAGUUUUCUUCUCUUCAAUACCAUCAGUUUUCUACUCAUCUCCAUCAAACUUGAUCACAA